AUGUCUACCACCACAACCACUUCCCAAGUCGACCUCCUUAUCGUGGGAGGCGGUCCUGCAGGUCUUUCAGCCGCUCUCAUGUUCUCCCGACUCCGCCGACCCACUAUUGUCUAUGACUCUGGUCUUUACCGCAACGUCCAGUCCCCUACCGCUCACACCAUCCUCGGUCAUGAGCCCAUCUCCCCCGAAGCAUACCGGCGCAAAGCCCGCUCUGAGAUCGAGCAGGGAUAUGAGUGGACCCAAUUCGUUGAUGGGAAGAUCACCAAGCUUGUCAAGUCGGACAAGGGGUUUGAGGCGGAGGAUGCGGAGGGGAACAAGGUGUUGGCCAAGAAAGUCAUCUUGGCUACCGGGGUGAGGGAUGUACUUCCCGCCAUUCCAGGUCUUCAAGAGGCUUGGGGCCACCGUGCUAUCCACUGCAUCUUCUGCCACGGUACCGAGACCCGAGACCAGCCUUUCGGCUUCCUCCUCACUGGCGCCAACGCCAAGUUCAAUCCCAUGAUCAUGGCCAGCGGCUUCAAGCUGUGGAACACCCUCACCCACCCCAAGACCUUCUUCUUUACCCACGGUAUGCAUACCACCACUCCCGAAGGUCUGCGGGAUAGCGGCUUGGAGAAGUUUAUGGGCAUCAUCAAGGCUCACCCGGACAAGUACGAGAUCGUGAACGACGAGAUCACCUCGGUCGAGCAGUCGGCAUCGACUCUCACCCUCUCCUUCGCCAGCCGAGCACCCCUCAGUAUCCCCUACAUCCUCGUCUUCCCCGAGCGUAUCCUUCCCUCCCCCCACGCCGAGUCUAUCCUCACCAAGGACCUGCUCCUCGCCGACCUCACACCCUUUGGCGGCAGCAUCGCUGCUCCCGAUCCCGCUCUUCCUGCCGCUGGUAUGCCUCGGAUGGGGGACGAUCCCCGGACCCAAGUUCCGGGGCUCUUCUGGGCGGGCAACAGCGGAAGUCCGAUGGCGAAUGUCAAUUUGUCGGUAGCGCAGGGGCAGCAGGCAGCUGCGUUUGCGGGAGAGUCCUUGGGCGAAGAGGACCUGCAGGCCAUGUUGGCGAGCGUCUAG